AUGUCUAACAUCACCACCGAGAUCGAACACCUCUCAAUUUCCAGCCUUGGCAUAAACAAUCAUCCACUGGGAAGCGUAAUCAGCUCGGGCACGAUAGCCCAACAAUCUGAACCUGACAAUGUUGAAUCGACUACUAUAACAGCAGCUGCCUCCAUUCGAAAAUGGCGCUGGCCAAAGCCAUCUGAGAGAAGAAAGAAAGCAGUAACACUAGAUACCAAUACCAACACCCUCCCACCAGCUCAAACCCCUAGUGAUUGGAUCUGGGAAAACGAAAUACCCCAGGCACCCUCUUGGAGCACUACUGCCUCAUCCUCAUCCUCAUCUUCACAAUCACAAUUACAACUCCUCACUGCCCCAGAUCGUUCAUCACCCAUCCUAUCCCUCACCGAGGGUUUCGAAAAAUACUGGGAAGACAUCUCCGACGAAGAAAUGACCGCGUACAUCCCCUCCAACAUCAUCGCGAUCUGGGAGGAGGUAAUCGCACGAAAACGUAUGCAUGCGAAAGCAGCGGGCGCAGAAUAUGAGAGAGAGUUGGAAGAAGAGCUUGAGGAGAGAUAUGGUGCGAUGUUGAGGUAUAAGGAGGAGGAGGAGAAUGAAGCGUGGUCUGUGGAGGCAUUGUUGGACAUAGUGGAGGAGUGUGAUUUGUUUGGGUGGGUGAGGGAGAUGGGGAGGAGGGCAUUUUGGGAGGGGAAUGGGGUGGUGAGAGAUGGGUGGUGA